AGCACUGCAAGUGGGACCAUGCAGGAGAAGCUCUGCUUUGCUCAGCAGCAGCCAGGCACUGAAAUUGAAGUUAUCAUUGAAAUGCGCACCUCGAGAGCCUUGCGGGCAAGAUAUGGAGGGAGCUGUUGUGUGGCCUUGAGGGGCAGAUUUCUUUCGCUUGACCCACAAUUGACUUCCUCGUCUCCCAUUUUGACUUUUGUUGCAUUUUGCACACCGGUUGCACAUCUGCCUGAAAACGGAGAUCAUACUUCUCAGAAGUUGUCAUUCCAGAGUCUGCACACACUGGAUAUGAAGACUGCAGAGGUUACUGAAAGUGUUAUUUACCAUCUUGGUUAUCACAAAGAAGAACUGAUUAACCAGUCUUGGUACAGACUCCUGCAUCCUGAAGAUAUUUGCAGCGGUGCAGAGUUACACAAGGCCCUGGGUGAGAGCUGUCCCUUGAACAGAGAAGGGGCAGGAAGGAACAUGUUCCAUUAAAUGCAAAAGUUCAAGGAAGAUUGGACAAUUAU